CAUUGCGAUUAGGAUGCUGAGGCAAAAAUCUUCCCGUAAAUUCUUUUUUAAAUAAAAAAUUUAUCUUGUUAUCAUUUGCUCACAUAGCAACACUAUUUUACAGUUACGAAGUACAGCCUGAAGUGGCGUUGAUUGAAAUUGAAAGGUUCAGUUAUAUUUCGUAAAAAAAUAUGGCACGAGCUAUCUUCAUUGACAAGAACUAUUUAUUUAUUUAUUUAUUACUAUUAUUACUUUUAUUUCCGAGGAAAAGUGUGCAUCAGACGGUAUUUUGAAAUACGACCUCAUUUCUAUGUUCCAAGAAAGGUCAAGACUUGACGUUCUAGAUCAUGAUUCAACAACAUGGGGAUACAGAAUUUAACGAUCAUCAGCAGUUCGCCAUCGAGAGAGAUCAAGGACAAGGAUCUUGUUGACAUGAGCUAACUUUUUGAUAUGUUAAUCCCCCCCCCUCCCAGUUAGCAGCGUAGACUGUGACGUCAUAAAAAGUCGGUGAUGAUUCAAGGACUGUCAUGGGUUAGUAAUGACAGAUAUCAUAAUCAUGCUCUGCUGGAAUAUAUUUUUUCACAUCCUUGGUUUAUCCUGGAUUUAUGUAAUCACUCAGACCAUCGCAUACUAUAUAUUGGAUAGUUUAGACAGCCAAAGUAUCCAUAGAACACAAAGUGAAUUAGAUGUAAACGAAUCGAAAACAAUUACGUCCAGUCUCGAAGGUGUUCGAAAUCGAAUGACAAGGAGAGGAAGGAGAAGGGCGAGACGCAAUAGAAGUGCGAUUAUAGAAAGACGAUAUCGAUCGAAAACAAGAAGAAGGCUGAGAAAUUCCAACAGAAAUAUCUCCAACAGUGCAAGCAGAAGCAGAAGUAAAAGCAGUAUCCAAUCGUAAUUUAAUGAAAUAAAUAGACUGUUUCUUAGAACGUACGAAAUAUGAACUGAAAUUAAAAAAAAUUAUCUUAAA